AAUAGUUCCAGAUGUGGCCAUGUUUAGUUUGAUCUUUGAAGUUUUCGCUCAUCGUCUCAUAACUGAUACAUUUUUAUACAAUCUGCUGACAUAGUAAUACGCUCUGUCCGACCAUCGUUCUUUUUCGCCUGCCUGCGACUAGUCUCGUUCAUAAUAACAUAUGUUCUUCUUUUGCUGAGAUAAAUAAUCUAAGUACGCGGAAGUACACGAGAGACGUAAAAAACGCUGUCAAUCCAUCCAGGAUAGACACGAAUCGCGUCGAGUCCGUGCAUUAAAACAUUUUAUUUCUCGAUUAAAUUUCAAUAACAGACGCGCGUCUGAUUAAACUCGCAGUUGUUUUUAUCGGCAAGGCGAGACGAACAAAUUUAUUCGUUGCUCCCUUUCUCUCUCUCUCUCCCAAUAUAUUUUCAAUUGAAAAAAGAGAGCGCUGUUAUCAGAUCACGGAACACACGGGAAUCGUCGAAGUGGAAGCUACGUCUUUACAUUAACUCUACGAAGCUUCGAGUCGUAUCUUUGGGGAAAAACGCUUUUUCCUUUUCGUUUGAUUAUUACGAAUUUUAAAAAAAGAGAAAAAAGUACAUUAUACGUAUUUCCUAUCGAGCUCUGCUCUUAUCUCCGUAUUUCAUUCGAUAGUUAAGAGCGUAAGGAAAAAGAGAUAAUUCUGAAACGCCUACGAGAGCUUAUGGUCGGUCAGCCAUAUGCCACGUCAUGCCACGACGUUGCAGUGGUAAGAUCACGUCAUUUAACGAAAUUUAAUAGCCAAGGAGAGGAGAGACACACAGUGAAAAUCUAUCCAUUUCUUCGCCGAAUCGAGAAGUGCAAAUAGUAAUUUACGGAUAAAUCAGAGAAAUAAAAAGACACUUUAAUUAAACGAGAUAUAUUAGCCUGAAUAUUGUGCUCAGGCGAGAAGAAUUAAUUUGGGAGGAUAAAAAAGAGGUCAGAGACAUGUAACUGAGGCAACGAUAGAAAAAAGAUACAGAAAACGUUUUUAAUAAAAACCUCUGGUACGUUCGGUUGUUGGGCGCGCGCACGCGCACACAAGAGAGAAAGAGAAACGGAGAGACACACGAGAAACACGAUUCUUUGUAGGCUAAUUAGUGUCCUAGUAAACUGAGUAUUUUUGAAAAUUUUUUCAAAUGCUAGAAUUCAGGCACGCGAUUAUUUUCCAAGCAAAGAGCCAUCGAGUGUGGUCGCGUCAAUCGAUCGAAUGAUCAUCGUCGGGCCACAGUGCUAUAUCAUACGGUACAAAACACGAUCGAUCGGGACAAAACAAUGGCAUUAGAGAGUGUUUCCGCGGCUGAGACUCUAAUCCAAAGUAAUGAUGAUAAUGAUUUGGAAGAUGGGGAAAUUCCUUCCGAUGAAGAUGAUGAACCUCUGCCACCACCAGUAAAUAAUGACGCCAAUAAAAGUGCAUCAAAAGCAGAUAUACCAAAAACUAAAGCUUUCGAUGCUAAAUUCAAUAAAAAUAAGAAAUCAAAUGUUCAAGGAAGUAGCAAACAUGAUAGGUUUCUAAAAUACAAAAAUCCAUCAGAAGAUUGGGCAGGAGAUGUGGAAAAAGCAAUUAGGGCAGCGUUAGAGGAAGAUGGUAGCAGAAAUCAAGAUUCUAAAUCUAAGAGUAAAAAUAAUAGAAAUAAGAGUAGAAAAAGGAUACGGGAUGAAAGAGAGGAAGACCGUAAUAAGGAUCAAAAGAGAAGAAAAGUGAGCGACGACGAAAAUGUCAAUGAAGAUGAAGAUGAAAUGUUAUUUGUUAGGGGUGCUUCACCUGUUAGGAAAGAUUCGCAAGAGAAUAAUUCUCCAAGACAUACAAACGAGCAUGAGAAUUUUGAUAGUAAUUCAGAUUAUGAUGAUAGGCCUAAUGUAAAUCGACAUAGGGAUAAUGAUAACAAGCGUAGUAAUUCAAGAGGAGGUGGUGGUGGAGGAGGACGUAGAGGCGGUAAAAAUGAACGUGGUGGUAAAAAUAAAACCCGUGGGCAAAUGCGGAAUGAUAGAAAUGGACGGAGAAAUCAAAAUAAUGACCACAAUCAAGAUCCAGAUGCUAUAUGUGUUUAUUACAUGCAAGGAAAAUGCCAUAGAGGAGAUGAUUGCCCUUUUUCACACAAUGCUUUACCACCUCGAAAGAUGGAACUCUGCAAAUUUUAUCUUAUGGACUGUUGUGCAAAGAGAGAUAAAUGCCUUUAUAUGCAUCACGAUUUUCCAUGUAAAUUUUUUCAUACAGGAUUAAAAUGUAGUCAGGGAGAGAAUUGUAAAUUUUCACAUCAACCUUUAAAUGAGCAGGUGAAAGGGAUUUUGUUAAAACACUUAGAAACAGCACCAAAAGAAAUUCUUGGAGAUUUUCCACGUUUAAGUAGAGAAGGGGCAUUGUUAAUGAUAAAUAAUACAGCUAGAGCAUUAGCGCAGGGUCAAGAAACUACAAAUCAAAAAAUUCCCAGUCUUUUUGAACUAAAUAUAUCAGCUCCAACUGGUACCACAGAAAAGAAUAAUGAAAGGGAAGAAAAAGAAGAACAAGUACAACAACAGAAAAGUGUUAGAGAAAGGAAAUCGUCAGGUAAGAAAACUCGAUGGGGUUCAGAUGAAGAUAGGGUUCCAUACGAACAAAUCAUGUUGUUACAAUCAUCAGCCAAUGAACUUGGUUUGCAACUUCCUAAUGCUGCAUUGGGUCUAGCAACCCAACAACACUUACAAAAACCAUUAAUACCCCAAUCUAUGCCAAAUAUGGAUUUUUAUACUGAAGCUAAUAACCUUGAAUUGAAUAAAAUAAAUUUAAACAAAUCAAGAGAUAGAGAAGAUUUCACAAAAGACGUAGAAGAAGACGAAAUACUAGAACAGGCAAAAAAGAAAGACACAACACUACUUGAAGAUUCAAAAGAUGUAGAUUUAAGGCAAUUGCUAAAUGCGCAAAAGCCGCCACCUGUUGUUAGUAUAGCUGAUGAAGUAGCAAAUCUUACUAAAUCUAAGUUCGAUGAAGAAAGUGAUCAAGAUGAAGAAACAGAUCUUGUUAUAGAAAUGCCAAUGGAAGAUGACGAUAAGCAGAAAGACAAAAAUACUGAUCAGGAAGAAACAAAUAUCGCAAACGAAGAAACUAAUAAUCACUGUGAUACUUCUUCACUAUGUAUGGAAGAGCAAGAAAUACCAGCUCAUUUACCAAAAAAGGCACAGGAAUUGUUCAUGCGUAUUCAGCAACAACAACGGGCAGCACAGGAUAGUUUUAAAAACAUAGAAAAUGAGUUCUCUGCACUUUCGAGCAGACGUACGGAUCAAAUUUUAGAAGAUUGGUAUUCGGACGAUGAGGAUGACGAUGACGAUGAUGAAAGUGGAAAUCUUACAAUAGUACUUUCCAAUAAAGAUACGUUGAAAGAAGAAAAUGAAUCUGCAGAAAAGUCACAGAGUAUUGUGAUUAAAGAAGAAUUUCAAACUACACCUUCUGCUCCUACUAUACCUCAGCCAGCAGCUAUUGUGGACAAACUUGGAGACUUAAGUAAGAUUGAUAUUAGUGCUGAGGUAUCAAAAUUAUUAUCAUCACUAAAGGCGACAACUGGUAAAUCUUUUCAACAAAAUACUACACAAGAUUAUUCCUCAAAAGUUAAAUCUUCACCGGACAGAAUAUCAUCAGACGAAUCAAACAUUCACAGUAAAAGUAUCAACACAUUUAAUACUUCAAAUCAGUUAUCAAAAAUUGAAAAUGAAACAUCGAGUCCACGUUCCUCCCCUGGAACAAGUUCUGUACCUGUUUCCAGAGAUCCCCGUAUGUCACGAGAUCCCAGACAACGUCGAGACGAACAGAAAUUGAGUAGCCCUAGUAGAACAGAUAGUAAAAAAGAAUCUAAGCAUCUUAGAUUAGAAACGAGUAUCUACAGUUCCGGUAUUACUGCUGUUGAUACUAACAUGGACACAGAUCUCCGAACUAAGACAGAUCAGGAUCUUCGGAGAAAGGAUAUGGAUUUCAGACAACAAUUCCAAACCGGUUUUGGAGAUACUGAUCUUCGAGUUGUCAGUGCAGGAUUCACCGAUGCGUCUACUAAAUCUGAUGUGGAUUUGCGACAAAUGUUGAGUUUGCCUUUUAAACCGGCACCAUCGCACGUUCCUUGUACGGAAAUUGAUGCAAGUAUUUCUUCGCAUCCUCCAAUGACGUAUAAAGUAUAUGUUGUUGACAUACCAAGACCUGAUUAUACAGGUCUUAAACUUACUAAAAAUGAUGCACAGGUUAAAUACGAUCCACGAUUACGUAAAAUAUUUAGAAUCGGUAAAAUCGAAUUAGCUGAUUCUCCCAUGUCUCCACCUCCAAUUAAAAUGGAUACUCCAAAGUCACCACCACAAGUCCGAUCCGAUCCACGUCGAAAAGCUCUCGAGGCUUCCAAUUUAUCUUCUCAAAAUGUAAAUGCUUCCAUGAUGAAGAAUGUACAGCAGUCGUCAAUAGAAAUAUCGAACAUGGGAAUGGGUCCUGGUGGUAUGUCUGUUCCUCAGGGUAUGCCUGGACCACAAGGUAUGCAAGGAGGACAAGGCAUGAUGCCAAUGGGUCCAAAUCCAAUGCUUGGAAAUAUGGGCCCUAUAGGAUCUAUUAUGAAUACUCCCAUGGGCCCUCAAAACAUACCACCUAUGGGUAUGACGGGAAUGUCCAACAUGCCUCCGGGAAUGACCAUGAACGGACCAGUUGUGCCUCAGAAUCCGAUGAACUUUGAUCCACGUUUUAAUGUUCAACGCAACAAUGGGGCUGGGUUGUUAGGCCCAGCACCUGGUGUAGGCUUCGGACCAGACGUUAAUUCUUCGUACGAUGGUGCGCCAUCGUACCCUAGUGGCAAUUUCAAUAACUUUGGUCCCGGUCCUACUUCAGUGCCUCCAGAUUCUGGUAUGAUGGGAUUCAAUCCGAAUGGUCCGAAUCCAAACUUCGGUAUGGAGGGGCCUGAGUGGAAUGGAACAAACCAAAAUAGACGCGGUGGACGAAUCAGGCGACGAAAUCGAAAUAGGACCAAUAUCGUGACUAAUAAUUAAGGCAAUAAGCAAUUUCAAGUAGGUACAUAAGCGAAGUACCUGGUGAUAAUUCUCAUUGUAAUUUAAAUUUGUACAGCAUGCAUUAAUGAUAAUGCAUUCAUUUAUGGCGGUCCAGAUUAAUGAUCUUUUGAUUGUGUCAAUUGUACAUGGUGUCAAAUGCUCGAUAGUGGUUAAAUAGCAAAAUAUAAACUUAAACUAUUGGAAGAAAAAUAUUAAAUAUUGUACAUGAAUUACACACUUUGAAGCAUUUCUUUGUAUGAAGUAUACAUACCAAUGAAUGAUAUAAGUAAUGCUCAUAAUUACGUGACUCUAUAUUUUAUUUAAAAAAUAUAAAUCAUAUUAUAUACACGAGAAAUAUAUCAAAUAUAUCUAUGAAUAAUAGCAAAUGAAAUUUUCAGCGGAGAUGUAUAUGUAUAUAUUGAACAUCUUCAUCCAUUUAAAAAGACAUUUAAUAUAUAAGAUAUGAUGAAUGAAAAAUCUGAUUAUAUAGAUUGAUUUAUAUCUUUUUUUUAUGUCUUCCAUGUAUGAUACAUAACGGAAAUACAUACAUACAUAUAUAUGAAUAUAUGUAUGUGUGUGUAUAAUUUAUAUGCAAAUAGUUCUUGAAUUCUAGAAUGCAUAUAAGUUUUAUUAAAUUAUGUUUAGACAGUAUCAGAACGACAUAAAUUCAUUAAACAUGAAACGGCCUAAGGCCUACUAUUAUAAGUCAAAACACCAAUAAAAUGACAUAGUACAUGAUACAGUAUGAAAAUGCAAUAUUUUAUAAAAAACUAAUGUACUUAUAAGAGUUUUGAAAAUAAUUGUACAUGGACAUACUUUUUUACUUACAUUAGAAGAGAUAUAGAUAGAUAUCAAAAGAUAUUUCAUUUCAAAUUUUGUAGGGACUGCAGAUUAAAAAUGUAUUUAAAUAAAUGUGAACCUUAUGAUAAUCUAGGUUUUACACUGCUAGCAAAAUUUUUACCCUAUUAUUACAUUUACCCGUUAUGGCAGUCAUAUGUUCCAUGUAUUAAUAUUAAAUACAUCUCUGCUAAAACGCAGAUUAAGAAAUACUUCCUCUUUAUAAAUAAUAUUAGAAACAGAGUAUAUGUUUCAAUCUAAAGAAUUGUUCAGCCAUUAUUCAAUGUUAACCUAUUGAUAUUUUCCUUUAUUAUUACCUAUUACCUAGAAAGUUAAAAAAUGAAAAUUACAUUUGUAAAAAAUAUAGUUUACUAUCAUAUAGUGAAACUCUUUUGUACAAUUUAAUUAUUAAUUCUAAUACGUUUUUCUACUAUUACUCAUAACGUUGUAAACAAUGGUUGUAUUUCCCCACUGCACUUUGUUUAAAACACAAAUAUUUUAAAUAUGGAUAUAAAAAGUGAUAAAAUUUAUAUAAUGUACAACCCAUGUAAGAGAAAUUGUACUUUCAUUUGACUAUAAUUCACUAUUACAGAUUCUUGUUUAAUUA